AUUCUUCUGUUUUAAAUAUUUCACCAAGCUUCAAGUUACUGUAUGAAACCAGUAGCUGAGGCAAUGGAACCGUCUUAGCUUUGCUUCAUAGGCUGACGCUGAGAAGGCUGUCAGUCUAUAUACCACCAUUUUUACAAGUUUUUAAUUCGACCAGUCACGAUGUCGACUUUGGAAGCUCUGUCGGCGUCGACCACGACCACGUCCUCAGGGAUAGCUUCGAGUAUCCCCAGGCUAGCAGCCACGGCGGGCUCGAAGCUGUCUGCGGAUAUGUCUUCGCCGCCACCGUCCUCGUGGCUGGGUCUCUUGGUACGCCUCAUCAUAUCCAUCGUGAAGGUGAUCCCUAUCGUCUUGUACUGGGUAAUCACCUUCACGACUUUGACGCUUCCAUCAUGGCUCUUUACCCUGUUCUCCACGAGCCUCACAUUCACACUGAAUGCCACAACUGUAAUGUUGAUAAUGCUCGCGCUCUUGUCUACCCUCAGCUGGUUUGUGCGCUACAGAUACCUGAACAUGUACGCCCGGCUUCCUCCGGAGCCACAACGCAAAGAGCCCAAAGUAGAUUUAUUUCCUGAUACACAGGAGGAUGGUACCAAGUCCGGUCUAUCAAGCUAUCUUGACGAGUUCUUGAGCGCUAUCAAGGUGUUCGGCUAUUUGGAACGUCCUGUCUUUCACGAGUUGACACGCUCAAUGCAAACCCGCAAGCUCAUUGCCGGAGAGACGCUUAACUUGGAAGAAGAAAAGGGUUUCUGUUUGGUAGUUGACGGGUUGGUGGAGAUUUUCGUGAAGUCUCCCACCAAAGACAACAACGCUGAUAGCGACGCUUCUCAUAAUGGGGCAGAUAUAUUCUAUUCUGAUAGCGAUGAAGAACGCCACGAGGGUGGUGGACACCAGGGCUAUCAACUCUUGACUGAAGUUAAUAAUGGAGCACCAAUGUCCUCAUUGUUCUCUAUCCUGUCACUAUUCACAGAAGACAUCAAGCUCCGUCAUACCGAAGAUGAUGAAAUGGAUGCAAACCCCCCUACUGGACGCGGUGGUCACCAUCGAUCUGCCUCUGAUAUCGACCACAACCGUGGGUCACCACCUUCACUGGCCGGUAGCCCACCGGGGAAUAGAGCUCAACAAUCACGAGCCGAGACUCUGAGGCGUGAAUUCCAAGAUUCUGUCCAGUCCGACCCCUCAGGCCUUUCAAACAUUCCACCGAUGUCUCUGGACCCGUCAGAGACCCCUCGACGAGAACGGCCGAAGCCAAGGAGGGCAACGUCCAACUCGGUGCACCCAGACAUCAUUGCAAGAGCUAGAGUCGACACUACAAUUGCCAUCAUUCCUGCUAGUGCCUUUCGUCGCUUGACUCGGAUUUAUCCGAAGGCUACUUCUCAUAUUGUUCAAGUUAUUUUGACGAGGCUCCAGCGUGUCACACUGGCCACGGGACACUCUUAUCUUGGAUUGACGGCAGAAGUCCUUCGCACAGAGCGACACAUGAACAAGUACACAACAUAUGAGCUGCCAAACUUUCUCCGUGGCAGUGCACUGGACCGCCUCAAAGAGAAGUUCAUUAGGGAGAGAGAACGAAUUGGACCAGAGGAUUCACGCAAAGGCAUUGCCCUUCACAAUGCUAGCGCAGGUCGGAGACGCCGGUCUAGCACCCUUCGCAAAGAGGCUACCAUGCAUGCCCUUGGCGCUAAGACAGUAGCCACUCGUCCAACCCAAGCUCCAAAUGUCGAUGAAGUAGCAAGCCCUAGCCCGGGUGACCUUCUUACAAAUAUCCACAUUUCUAGGAGGAGUGGCCGACGGCAUUACCAUGUCAGUAGCCCAUUCGAGCAAUCAACACCAAAUGCACAAGGUUCCGAUAUCCUGAGUCCUUUAACGGAGAAGACGUUUAACCCGUUUGCGUCUCGAGUGAUGCAGCCUCAACUCCACCGACAAGAGUCUAUCGACGAAGAUGGAAUCUUCCGUGGCUCUAUCCUCGAGUGUAUCUUCAAAGCCAUCGGUCUCACCACUACUCAAAGUGCAUUACGCAUGGCCGACUCGGUCGAAGCUUCUCCCUACCUGCACUCCAUGGACCAGAGAAAACCAAAGCCUGCCUUUAAUAACGCUUUCGGCUUUAUUGACCCAUAUGAAGGUUCAGGUGAUGGCGAUACGGAAUCCGUUACCUCAAGUACCACCAGCAAUUUUGUUACGGUUAGCAGCCAAGGACUCGCCACCGAAUUGAGGGAUGAGGUGGAAAUAGUCUACUUUCCGAAAGGCUCUGUCCUUGUCGAGCAAGGCGAACGUAACCCUGGACUUUACUAUGUGAUCGACGGCUUCCUGGAUGUGGGAAUUCCUAAUGACGAUGCCGAUGAUUCAGAAUUUCUUGGCCGGACAACAAAAAGUUCGAGCUUCACUUCACAGAGAUCUAGCCAGUUCAGAGGCUCUUCUAGAGGGUCAAAACCGAAUACCAGGGCAAAGCGCCCAGAUUCGCGAAAGCGUAAGAGUUCGGGACGCACAACACUCUCACUCAUUAAGCCGGGAGGAAUUGCGGGAUACAUCGGCACAAUCUCAUCAUACCGGUCGUUCAUUGAUGUAACAGCCAAGACCGACGUAUAUGUGGGCUUCCUACCGAGAUCUUCACUGGAGAGAAUAGUGGAGAAGUACCCUGUGGUGCUACUCACUAUGGCAAAGCGUCUCACGAGCUUGUUACCCAAGGUGAUCCUCCACAUUGACUUUGCCCUGGAAUGGGUACAAGUAAAUGCUGGCCAAGUCAUAUAUCACCAAGGCGACGAAAGUGACGCAAUUUAUAUUGUACUUAAUGGCCGCCUUAGAGCUGUUCUUAACAAUGAAGACGACGAUUCUGAAAUGAAAGUCGUUGGAGAGUAUGGCCAAGGAGAAAGCGUUGGCGAGCUGGAGGUGAUGACCGAGACUUGUCGACCUGCGACCUUGCAUGCAAUCCGAGACACCGAGCUAGCAAAAUUCCCAAAGACGCUUUUCAAUAGUCUUGCCAAAGAACACGCUGGAAUCACCAUCAAGAUUUCCAAAAUCAUUGCGUCGAGAAUGAGAGCUUUGAUAGAGGACCCGGUAUUCCUCUCGGGGAGCGAGAAGGCUACGGCAGCUACAAAUGUCAAGGUCUCGUCCACUGGCAAUCUGAGAACGGUGGCCAUUGUACCCGUCACAGGAGGUGUCCCAGUUAUCGAAUUUGGAAGUCGACUGAUGAAUGCACUCACCCAGAUUGGGGCUCCGAAUGGUGUUACUUCACUCAACCAAGCUGCGAUUCUCAAUCAUCUUGGCAGACAUGCGUUCAGCCGUAUGGGAAAGCUGAAACUUUCUCAAUAUUUGGCGGAUCUUGAGGAGAAGUAUGGGCUGGUACUCUACAUUGCAGAUACCAAUGUAAAUUCACCGUGGACCCAAACGUGUAUUAGCCAAGCAGAUUGCAUCCUGUUGGUUGGCAUUGCAGACUGGUCUCCCGCAAUUGGGGAAUACGAACGGUUCAUGCUGGGAAUGAAAACAACGGCUAGGAAAGAACUGGUUCUCCUGCAUGCAGACAAAUUUUUGGCUUCUGGUCUUACAAGAUCUUGGCUGCGUAACCGUGAUUGGAUCAAUGGUGGGCAUCAUCAUGUCCAAAUGGCCUUCAGCACAGACACAGUACCAGUCCACCCACAAACCCGACGCUUCGGCUCUGCGCUGAAGCACAGAGUUCAAAUUAUUCAAGCUGAGAUUCAAAAGUACACGUCACGCAAGGUCCGACAGACCCCUCUGUACUCUGCCGAUACCCCUUUCAAGGGCGACUUCCAUAGAGUUGCACGAAGACUGUGUGGCAAGUCUGUCGGUCUUGUACUUGGAGGAGGUGGUGCUCGCGGGAUUGCGCAUGUCGGUAUUAUUAGGGCGCUCGAGGAAGCUGGGAUACCUAUCGAUAUUAUCGGUGGAACAUCAAUCGGCUCUUUUAUCGGCGCCUUGUACGCCCGAGAUGCAGACGUGGUACCAAUGUAUGGCCGUGCUAAGAAGUUUGCUGGCCGUAUGGCAAGCAUGUGGCGGUUCGCUUUGGACUUGACAUAUCCUUCGGCAUCAUACACGACUGGACACGAAUUCAAUCGCGGUAUUUUCAAGACAUUUGGGAACUCACAAAUCGAAGACUUUUGGCUUGAGUUUUACUGUAAUACCACAAACAUAAGCAAGAGUCGAUCUGAAAUCCACACCAGUGGCUAUGCAUGGCGAUAUGUUCGAGCGUCGAUGUCGCUGGCAGGUCUACUACCUCCACUUUGCGACGAGGGUAGCCUGCUUCUCGACGGUGGCUAUGUGGACAAUCUUACAGUUUCUCACAUGAAAUCCUUGGGAGCCGACGUUAUCUUUGCCGUAGACGUGGGAGCGCUCGACGACGAUACCCCUCAGAAUUUUGGGGAUUCGCUUUCGGGAUUCUGGGCAAUCGCGAACCGCUGGAACCCAUUCUCAGCAUAUUCCAACCCACCCACGCUCUCGGAGAUCCAGGCCCGUCUAGCGUACGUGUCAAGUGUUGACGCGCUAGAACGAGCCAAAACGACGCCUGGCUGCCUUUACAUGCGUCCGCCUAUCGAUGCAUAUGGAACUCUGGAGUUUCAAAAGUUCGAUGAGAUUUACGAGGUGGGAUACAAGUUUGGCCAGGAAUAUCUGGCAGAUAUGCGGGAGAAGGGAAUUCUGCCGUUAAUGGAUGAGACGGAGGAGAAGAAGGCUCUACGGAGGACAAUGGCUCCACGGAGAGCGAGUAUAUAGUAUAGUUUUGUUUUAUGUGUAUGCUUUCGGAGCCGGCCACUAGAAUAGACUAUCAAGCAAUCAAUAGGCCACUUCAGCAGCUGCUACACUCGCGAGUGUAGCAG